GUCCUCUUCCAAGCCACUAUCAACAUGCGUCUGAACACCCUUGCUCUUGUACCUCUCGCUUCCGGCAUCAAUGCCACCAACAUUGUCCUCUCCAACGACGAUGGCUGGGCAGAGAUGAACAUCCAUACUCUCUACGAGCGCCUAAAAACGNAAAACCACUCUGUCAGCAUCUCCGCUCCCGCCCUCGACCAAUCAGCCACUGGAUCUUCGUAUGCACCUCCAAAGCCCAUGGAAGAGCCUUGUCAAUACUAUACUUGUAAUGCAGGUGACCCAGCUACUGGAAACUGGCAUACUGACCACAAUAUCUCUUAUGUCAAUUCUUUCCCGGCGACGGCUAUGAAGUAUGGGAUCGAGAAGGCUGAGAAGAGGUUAGGCAAGAAGCCUGAUCUCGCUAUUUCUGGUAUCAACGUGGGGAUCAACUUGGGCAUCAUCGUCCCCUUCUCGGGCACAGUGGGCGCAGCAACUCAAGCCGCCAUCCUCGGUAUCCCAGCUAUAUCCUUCAGCGGCUCCUCCGGUACCCGCACACCUUAUGGCACAGAACCUUCCUUGCACUCAACCCUCUACACCGACCUCGCUGUUAACUUGACUUCCACCCUUCUCGCCUCUGGACCACCCUACUUACCCNCCAACACCUUCCUGAACGUCAAUUUCCCUGCCGCAAACUCAACCCACUGUUCCCGAGCCGCAGACUUCAAAUUUGUGCUUUCGAGAUUGUAUGAGGCGGUGCCUAGCAUCUCGGGACCUGAUGUCAGUGUUUGUGGGGCUGAGAAGAGGUUGCCGGCUGAGUGGGGAGUGGUGGGGAGAGAGGGAUGUUAUAUUUCUGUCAGUGUGGGGGUUGCGACUACAAAGAGAGAUGCAAGAGCCGAGGUACAGGAGAUUGUGAAGAGGAAGCUAGAGAACGUGUUGUCUUGUUUGGAUCAAGGGUCAGGCAGGGGC